AUUCGUGGAACUGGGGCUCUUUAGGGCUUUGUUGCAGAUCUUUUUUGAGGAAAGAAAGUCCAGGCAGUAGGUUCCAUGGCCCCCAUCUCCCCUCUCUCCAUACCACAAGACUUCUACAACGAAGAGGAGAAGAGGAAUGAAUCUGAUGAGAUGGUAGGUGGUCUUGAUCUUAGCCUAUCAGACAUUGCUUUCUAUCCAUUUGCAUAUCUGCCCAUGUGGGGGAAUAGCUCCCCCACCUGGUUUGCCACCAAUCCAGAUGGCACCAGGCAUAAUAAGAGGCUGAGGACAUCGGCGAUAUCCGGUGAUGAGUCAAUCGGUAGCAGCGAUGGUCUCUAUAGCGGUGGUGGCAAUAGUGGUGGCGGUGGCUGCAGUAGCAUCAAACAGUUGAAUUGCCUGCCACGGCUCCAGUUCCGGGACCACAUACAGACUUACACUCAGAGGUUCCUGGCAGCUGAGGCCGUGGAAGAGGCCACGUCAUUGAUGGUGAGGCCUGAGGGAGAUGGGACUGACGAUGAAGGUGCGGGCGGCGGGAUGUGGCUAGUGCAAUUGCUCAUUGCCUGCGCUGAGGCCGUUGCCUGUCGGGACAGAUCCCAGGCCUCAGCGCUUCUAUCCGAGCUCCGGGCAAAUGCACUGGUCUUUGGCACUUCAUUCCAGCGCGUUGCUUCGUGCUUUGUCCAGGGCCUCGCAGACCGCUUGGCACUGGUUCAGCCUCUGGGGGCCGUAGGUGUGGUGGCUCCCGCAAUAACAACAGUGGGAGGAGCAUCAGAUAGGAAGGAAGAGGCAUUACGCCUUGUAUAUGAAGUAUGCCCACACAUCCAGUUUGGUCACUAUGUGGCUAAUUCUUUGAUAUUGGAAGCCUUUGAGGGAGAAAGUAUGGUUCAUGUGGUGGACCUGGGCAUGACACUCGGGCUACCACAGGGCCAUCAGUGGCGCAGGCUGAUUUCCAGCCUCGCCAAACGUGCGGGCAACCCGCCUUGUCAGGUCCGCAUAACAGGGGUGGGUCCAUGUGCAGACCGCCUCCAAACCAUUGGCGAUGAACUCGAGCUCUAUGCUCAAGGCCUUGGAAUAAACCUCGAGUUCUCUGCAGUGGAGAGCAAUUUAGAGAAUCUGAACACUGGUAAGUUCAAGCUUAAUAAUGGUGAGGUUCUUGUUGUAAAUAGUAUCCUCCAAUUGCACUGUGUGGUGAAAGAGAGCCGUGGGGCCCUGAAUUCAGUCUUGCAAAUAAUACACGAGCUGUCACCAAAAGUCCUGGUGUUGGUGGAGCAGGAUUCGAGCCACAACGGGCCAUUCUUUCUUGGCCGAUUCAUGGAAGCAUUGCAUUACUACUCUGCCAUCUUCGAUUCACUGGAUGCAAUGCUGCCCAAGUACGACACCCGCCGGGCAAAAAUGGAACAAUUCUACUUCGCGGAGGAGAUCAAGAACAUAGUCAGCUGCGAGGGGCCUGCGAGAGUGGAGCGGCAUGAAAGGGUCGACCAGUGGCGCCGACGAAUGAGCCGGGCUGGAUUCCAGCCCGCGCCCAUUAAGAUGAUUGGUCAGGCCAAGCACUGGUUAGACGAUUUUAAGGUCUGCGAAGGUUACACGAUCGCAGAAGAAAAGGGAUGCUUGGUUCUUGGGUGGAAAUGCAAACCCAUCGUUGCCGCUUCGUGCUGGAAAUGCUAGAACAAAUCCACCCAGUGUGCGGAUUGCUUCUUGGGUUGGUGAAAUUCUCAAAAAAGAUAAAGAAAAGAAGCCAAAAUUCAGUAAUUUAAUUAUCCGCGUUUGAUGGGAGGUUUGGUUAUGAAUAAUGAAAACUAUGCAGUAGGAUACAACUAAAAUAAAUCCAAAUUACUACUAAUUAGUAGUAGGAAAUGGACCAGUGAGAGCUGACACUGAAUGGUGAGAAAUAAGAUGCUUGUUGUUGUUCAUGUGCUCGCGAGAACAGAUGAAAUGAAAAGACAAUAUCAGCUUAGUGUGCA